AUGAUGAUUGAUGAUGCCCACGCAAGGCCUCCCGAACAUAUGCGAGAACUUUUCAAACAUUGGCGGAAACGGCCCGUGGCAGAUAUUGGAGCAGAUCAGCAGAUCAUUGACCCACGGGAUCCAGAUGUCAACAGAGUCUCAGCAAUGUCGGAGUUUGGAGUCCUUGGGCAGAGCGACGUCGAGAUUUUGACAACGGAUUUUCUCGACAACGCUGCGAACGACCCCAUACCGGGAGUUCGAAGAGAAACAUUACCGCCACGCGUGGCCUUUGAAGUGAAGGGAGUCUCUGGUCUUUGGGUAUUUCCUUCCCUCUUACCUCCUCGAGUUCAACUUGCUUUACUUGACAGGCUACUUCAUCGCGACCUCUCCAAUCCCGCGCACAAGACUAAUAUUAACCACCACCAUCAUAUCUCCUACCCGCGAAGCAUUGCCAAUCCAGCAGUUUCUUCUUUCUUCGCUGCUGAGCUCGAUACGGUGGUCCACCCUAAGGAUUCUGCAAUUCACAAACCCAUCACCUUAGCACAGAUGCUUGAAUCGAAAUUGAGGUGGAUGACUUUGGGAGGUCAGUAUGACUGGACGAAUAAAAUCUAUCCCGAUGGCGAACCACCGCCGUUUCCCAACGACAUAGCCGGUCUCUUAAAAAAGCUCUUCCCAACGGUUGACCCACAAGCCGCCAUUGUCAAUUUCUACAGUCCCGGAGAUACGUUGAGCGUGCACCGAGACGUUAGUGAGGCAUCGGACAACAGCCUCAUCAGCAUUAGUCUUGGCUGCGAUGGGAUCUUUCUUGUUGGAGGUGAAGACGAGGCCGACGUUGUCGCCAUUCUUUUGAGGUCGGGGGACGCCAUUCUCAUGUCUGGAAAAUCCAGACAUGCCUGGCAUGGAGUGCCAAAGAUUCUCCCUGACACAUGUCCUCCCUGGCUCCAAAAUUGGCCAGAUAGGGGGCAUGUUGAACUAUACCAGCAUUGGCGAGGCUGGAUGAGUAAAAAGCGAAUCAACCUCAACGUACGACAAAUGACCGACUGA